UCACCAUUUAUCUCGGUCGAUUGUUCUUCGAAUUCACUGAUUCACUUAUCGAAAUCAGUUCUAUUUACCUUGGAAAUGAGUGUUUUUAAUCGAUUAUUGGUAGUGAAUCUUAGGUUUUGCCGCUAGAUUAUCUUCAUCCAUGGCGAUCAGAGGCAUACACUUCAAGUGGUACGAUGGAUUUUUUCUAUCAAUGCUUGCGUUUAGUAUAGUCAUGGUUCUUUUGAGUUGGAAGCGCUACUAUCUUUGUAAAUUCCCGUUGCAUCUGUGGAUAGUGGUUGAUUACGGUGUUGUCUUUGUUUUUCGCCUCUUGAUGUUUGUAGACAAUGCUCUUGCAGCUGGAAUGGGAUUGGAUUAUGGUCGGCAGCAAAGAGAUGCUUGUUUUCUUGGAAGAGUAGUGAUUCUAUCCAUCCUCUAUGUUGUGCUCUAUCCAUUUCUCUGGGCAUGGAGUAUUAUGGGAAGUGUAUGGUUCACUAGUGCGCAAACCUGUUUGCCUGAAAAGAAUCAGAAAUGGGGUUUUCUUGUAUGGUUGAUUUUCAGCUACUGUGGACUCAUUUGUCUUGCUGGCUAUGUAGUGAAUAAGUGGUUAACAAGAAGAAAAGCUCAUUUGCAACGUGCCCAACAGGGGAUCCCUAUUUCCGGUAUUUCCGAAUAUGGGGUGUUGGUAGACAUGAUUCGUCUACCAGAUUGGGUGUUUGAAACUGCUGCUCAAGAGAUGAGAGCCAUGGAACAAGAUACCACCCCACAUCAUCCCGGACUUUACUUAUCUAGCGCCCAGAGGCAAGCAUUGGAGGCAUUAAUUCAGGAACUUCCAUUGUUCUCGCUGAAAGCUGUUCCAACUGACUGUAGCGACUGUCCGAUUUGUUUGGAGGAGUUCCAUGUCGGGGAUGGGGUUCGUGGCUUGCCUUGUGCUCAUAACUUCCAUGUGGCAUGCAUCGAUAAAUGGCUUAUGUUAAACACAAAAUGCCCUCGAUGCCGGUGUUCCGUCUUUCCCAACCUUGAACUAAACGAUCUGCCUAACAUCCCGCCUGAUCCCGACCGUUCAUCAACUCUCUCAACAACACAACACGCUCAAACUCAACCUAUUAGCCAGAGUUACCUUUCGAGAAUGCAGAGUUUUCUCCUCCCAAUCCGCUCAGGGAAUGCAACAUCCUCCACCAGCACCGCCGCCACCGCCACUGCCGCCACCGCCGCCACCACCACCUUCAACUCCAGCACCAAUUCCGAACCCAGCAUCGAUAAUGAUUCUGAUGUCACUUUGGAAAUCGCGGAAAAUGGAGGCCAAGCAUCCGAGAGUCACGAUCCACACACAAGUGUAGAGCGUGUACAAUGACCGUUUUUGGACAGUCCUACCGGCUUUAUUAAUAAGGGUAAAUUUAUAACGUCCUUUUACAGGGUCUGAGUUUUAGAAAAUGCUCGAGAUUUGUUCGGCCCCUUUACCUGAAGUUUUUUCAUCACUUGUUUCAUUUGUUGGUGUAAUACAAACAAUCGUUUUGUUUAUCACCGAAGGUUCGGUGUUCUUUUCUGUGAAUAUUUGUUGUGUUUUUCAUUUGAAGGUUCCGUGUCUUUUGCCGUGAAGGUCUGGUGUUUUACUGAGAAGGUUCGGUGAGAUAAAGAAAAGCUCAACUAAGGGCCC